AUGACAUAAUAUAUAAACGAGUAAAUGUAUCAGAACAUUGUUGCGUUUCGUGCUUUUGCUCACAAUGAAGCUACUUAUUUGCUGUUUUCUGUUAAUAACAUCCACCUUGGCUGCUUUGAGCCCCGAACAGGAAAAAAAACUCGACAAAAUUAGCGACGAAUGCAAAUCCGAGUCGCACAUAUCCACAGAAACCAUAAACAAAGUUCGUGAGACACAAAAAUUUGAAGACAUUCCGACAACCAGAAAGCACAUUUUCUGCAUCUUGAAAAAAACCGGAGUAGUAUCGGAGUCUGGUGACAUCAACAUCGACACUAUUAAAACAAAACUGAAGAAGGUGGACGCAAGUGACGAAACGUUAAACGCCGUCGAACAAGAGUGUGCCAUUAAGAAGCAAACACCCGAAGCUACCGCUUUCGAACUCACGAAAUGCAUCUACAGCAAACAGGCGAAUUUUUCUCCGGCGGACUGAAAGUCGGACUUUUUAGUCCUCGUGCGUUUUGUUUUACUAGAAUAUCUUA